AUGGAGCUCAGUCGGCGCACGGCAGAAUGUGGUUCGACGUACGGACAGAGCUCCCUUGCCCCUCAACAGAAGGCGUGGGGCAGGGACAGGGCAGUAACUGCCCCGCGCCCGCAACUUGGGCUUCCCCGGUCCGCUAGCGCACCGCGGUGGAGCUCUGGCCCAAUGUUUGCGCCCGCCAUCAGCCCUGGCCUUGGGCGCUGGGGUUUGCCAUGCUUGCCCACUAGAGCUGCAACUAAGACGGCCCCACGCUGCAAGGAGCCCCUCACUAGCAGCACGGAGGGGAUGCGUGGCAUGGCAGUGGGAGUGGGCAGUGGGCUCUGGCGAUGGGGUGGUCUGCCUUUUCGUGUUUGGGUUGCUGUGUCUUGUUUGGAGGUUUGGGAGUCGGGCGCCGAGCACUAUGGAGUAGAGCCUUGUGAUUUUGGGCGCGCAAGAAUGGGCAGCAUCUGUCGCAGCAUCGUCGGUGAUGUGCCUGGUUCUGCAUCUCUACCAAUGCGCGAGUUACAAAAUGCUACUUCCCGAGGUGCACCACCUACCACCAACCUGCUCUCUGAGAUUCUCCAUUCGUUGAAUGCAGGCGACCUGUUGCGCCUCGUAAUAGGCGCACAAUGCCAGGAUUACAAGCCGUGCAGGCGGUGUGCUCUCCUGCUGUCCCACACAUGGUCCGACCUGCGGGGCGCUUCGCCGGUCGGCGCUGGACCACACAGGAGGGAGGGUGAGACGAGCCUGUCUGCUCGUCCCUCGGAUUGCAAAAAGGGGCACACCACGGAUCGAUCAUGUGGCCAAAGAUCUAAUAAGCCGGAAGCGACACCAAAGCAGGAGGACGGGAGGCCAAGCAGGAGGAGGCUGGGCUGA